AUGUGGAGUCAAAUUUUUAAAGUUCAACGAGUUGUCGAUGGAAAAUGUUUUUCUCUAAAACAAUAUCAAAAUGGUUCAACGAGUCCACCGAAAAAUGAAUCAUUGCUCAUCUAUAGUCUUGGUCAACAUAUGCCAUUUGGACAUGUUGCUGUUAUAGUCGAUGUUUUAAAUGAUUCUAUUCGUGUUGCUGAACAAAAUUAUCAUGCAUAUUAUUGGUCGGGUAAUUAUUCUUGA